AUGGGAAGAAGGACCAAGGCCCGGGGCGAGGAGGGCGGUGAGGGGAAGCCCUCGGGGCUUCCCGCAUCCUCUACCCGGCGGCCUCUGCGCUCGGGCCCGACGCCCGGGCCUGCUGGCUCGGCGCCAGGGGCUCCGUCCCGAGGCUGGGUUGAGGCCCCCUGGAGCAGCCUGCUGGGGAGGCUGUCAGUGCAGAUUCUUUCCGGCUCGAAACAGGAUACUCUCCGGAGAGUCGGGCUCCGCUUUGUCCCGGCCCCCGCGGAUCCGGGGACUGUACCGAGCCGUGCGAACCGGAGUUUUCUGCAGGGGGCGGCUGGCAUCUUAUGCUACGUGGGUGCCUACGUCUUCAUCACCUAUGACGACUACGACCAUUUCUUCGAGGAUGUGUACACUCUCAUCCCCGCUGUCGUCAUCAUAGCUGUGGGGGCCCUGCUCUUCAUCAUCGGGCUCAUCGGCUGCUGCGCCACCAUCCGGGAGAGUCGCUGCGGACUUGCCACGUUCGUCAUCAUCCUCCUCUUGGUUUUUGUCACAGAAGUUGUUGUCGUGGUUUUGGGAUACGUCUACAGAGCAAAGGUGGAACACGAAGUGGAUCGCAGCAUUCAGAAAGUGUAUAAGACGUACAACGGAACGAACCCCGAUGCUGCCAGCCGGGCUAUUGACUAUGUACAGAGACAGCUACGCUGUUGUGGAAUUCACAAUUACUCAGACUGGGAAAAUACAGAUUGGUUCAAAGAAACCAAAAACCAGAGUGUCCCUCUCAGCUGCUGCAGAGAGACCGCCAGCAGCUGUAAUGGCAGCCUGGCCCACCCUGCCGACCUCUACGCUGAGGGGUGCGAGGCUCUCGUCGUGAAGAAGCUACAAGAAAUCAUGAUGCACGUGAUCUGGGCGGCACUGGCGUUCGCAGCUAUUCAGCUGCUGGGCAUGCUGUGUGCGUGCAUCGUGCUGUGCCGACGGAGUAGAGACCCGGCUUACGAGCUCCUCAUCACCGGCGGGACCUACGCAUAGGAGGCACCUCGGGCCUGAGCUUCGAGGCUUGCUCUGAUUUGGAAGGUGAACUGAGAAGGUCUGCUGUCGGCCUCCUGAGUUCAUCCUGUGCGAGCGCCGUGCGGUCUGGUCGGAGCAGCGGCUCCUCGCGUCCCCUCCUACCUCCCCGCCCGCCCGCGGCAUCCCCUUGUUCUAGCUCCUCUCCAUGCCCGGGCUGCUAAGUACGCCGGUAAACGUUCUAAUCUCAGAGCCUUCGCGGUUGCUAGUGUGGUAGAAUUACAGAGGGCGGGGCUGCUUCUGGUGCCCCUAGGCAGUGAAGGGGCUGGCGCAGAAGGAUCACCGGGCCCAGGCCCUGUUGCCUGCACAGUGGAGAACUCUUGGCCAAAGGUUUUUGGGGAGGGGGAGGAAGCCAGCUGUCUGGUUAAUGGGAACACCAGAUGGUGCCCCUCAUCAGUGUCCUUUUAAAAAAUAUAUAUGUAGUCCAGUAAGAUAGCAGCUGUACAGAAUGGCUAAAAUAGAUGUUAGAAUCAUACGAUGUGUAUUUUGGUCCAUCUUCAAAAUUAGACUGACCUUUGGAACUAGGAUCUAGUGGGUUUUAAUCAAAGCUGGCUUUAUAGGAGGAGUAUAAUGCGUGCACUACUGUUUGAAAACAACUGGUGUGAGUGUGUGUGUGGCUGUGCCCAUUCAUCGUAAGUCUUAAACUUGUUAGGCAUAAUGUACCCACGUAGACUAGCUGAGCAGUAUGUAGACGUGAUCUCGGUUGUAAAUAGAAAACUAAUUCAAUAAACUCUAUCAGCCCUCUCAA